AUGUCUACCUUUAAGGAGGAUGUCAAGGACGAACUAUUCAAGAUGGAUCAACCUGAAACUCUGGACGAGUACAUCAAAAUGGCUGUUCGAAUCGGCAACCGACUAUAUGGCGGCGUCAGCAGAAACGUCAAGGGAACCAAGGCCGACCAUACCAUUUGCCCGUUUCUGAACAAGUUUGCGGUGUGCUACCUCGACGACAUCCUCAUCUAUUCUAAGAACCACGAGGAGCACCAACAGCAUGUCAAGGCCGUGCUCGACGCAUUGCAUAAAGGAGAACUCUCGGUCAAUCAAGAGAAGAGCGAGUUCCAUGUGACAAGGACUGUUUUCUUGGAUUACGAAAUUUCCCCAGGAGAGUUGCGUAUGAAACCCGGAAAGGUCAACACCAUCAGGGACUAG